AUGGCGGCACCUGAAUACACCAAAACACAAGCAAUCGUCUGUCACCAGCCAUCCGGUGGCAAAAGACAAUGGGCACUCGAGCAGGUGGCCGUAGCCCCUCCCUCAGACGACGAGGUCUUGGUCGAGAUAGUGGCCUCUGGAAUUUGUCACACUGACUUCAUUUGCGGGAGCGCCCCGUAUGAGGAUCUCGCCCUUGGACUCCCAUCGUAUCCGCGAGUCCUUGGCCACGAAGGCGCUGGGUAUGUAAAGUCUAUCGGGUCAAAGGUCACGAAAGUCCGCUGGUACUGCCACAAGUUCAUGUCCAUCAAUUUCGGCGGUACGGCGAAUGGCUUUAUUAGUUCUGAACCGGCAGCACUCGGCCAGGCCAUAGGAGGUUCUUUCUUUGGACAGUCCAGCUUUUCAAAAUUGACGAGAGUGAAGGAGACAUCUGUCGUGAGAGUGACAGAGCUUCUUGAUGACGAUUCUGAGCUUAAAAUGCUUGCGCCGCUUGGCUGUGGCAUUCAGACCGGGGCUGGCACAAUCACCGACCUGGCCAUGGCACAGCCUUCGGAUAUGGUCGCAAUCAUCGGCCUCGGUGCUGUGGGACAAGCGGCUAUCAUGGCUGCCAAAAUAAGAGGCUGUCGAACUAUCAUUGCUAUAGAUCGGAUUGCAGCACGCCUAGAGCUCGCGAGAACAUUUGGAGCAACUCACACUGUGGAUACGUCGCUCUUGACAAAUGGCUUGAUCAACGAAAUCAGGGCCAUCACAGAAGGUACUGGGACCACCAUUACAGUGGAUGCGACAGGCGUCGUCUCCCUCAUCCAAGAAGGAGUAGAGUUCACCGCCAACCAGGGGAAGAUGAUUCUACUGGGUGUCCCUCCCAUGGACGCAGGUCUGGAAAUUCCAAUCGUGAAAUACAUGUUUACGGGGAAGUCGAUACUUAGUUCGAUGGAAGGCGGCGUUUUGCCGGAAGAGUAUAUCCCCAAUACGAUAAGGUGGUACCGCGCUGGGAGGUUCCCAGUGGAUAAGCUGGUCAAGUUCUACCCGGCCGAAGACUUCCAAAAAGCUGUCAGGGAUAUGGAGGACGGGAGUGUUAUCAAGCCUGUCUUGAUUUGGUAA